UGUGUGAACGUAGUCCCCUGGUGUCAGACUCACUGAACAGAGUAGAAAGCAAAACAAACUUUUUAAAACUUCGAGUGUGUACUUAAUUUCCUGGUGUCGCUGUAGAGCGUGCCAGAGAUUCCGGGGUGUCCCUGAAGGCGUCGUGCGGAUCAACCUGAGGAGAGAGAAACGAGAAGUUGAGACGAACAAAGUUCAACAUGGAGGCGACGGAGAGGAGCAGGAGGCCGGGGGAGCCGCGCCGCUCCGCCCGGGCGUAGUCCGCAGCCGGUUCUCCUUGUUCGGUUCACUCUUCUGCUGCCGCUUCGAUGGGAGCGGGACCCUGAGUGACACGGGGCCGGGUUAGAGCCGCUCAGCUCGGUCACAGUCCGCUCGGUCUCGGUGUGUGUGUGUGUCCCAUGGAGGAGCUGGACUUCAGGCUGAGCUUCGAGGAGGACUCCGGGGGACGAGCCUCCUCCGGGGGACGUGUGUCCUCCGCGGGACGAGCCUCCUCCGCGGGACGAGCCUCCUCCGCGGGACGAGCCUCCUCCGCAGGUCCAGAUGUGAGGUUGCCUCCCUCCUCUACGCUGGCUCUGGCCGAGCAGCCCGUGAUUCAGGAGCUGCAGAGUCACCCGCUGUAUUACUCCACCUUAGAGAACUACCAGCAUGUUGGCUGCCAUUCCCAGGGGCCCCAGUAUGGAGCCCAGGGUAACCCCAGAGCCUUCGACUGCCCGAGUAUCCAGAUCACCUCUAUAGCUCCCAACAGCCAUGUGGAGCCCAGCUCUGGACAAGAAGCAUUGGCAGUGGGUGGAGCAGAGGGAGGCUACCCUGAGGCACCGUGGUCCAGAGACCAGCUGUACUUGCCCCUGGACCCCUGCUACCGGGACCCGGCACUCUGCCAGAGCCCUUGCAGCAGCAUGUCUUCCAGGAGCUGGAUGUCGGACCUCUCCUCCUGCGAGUCCUUCUCCCACAUCUACGAUGAUGUGGAGGGGGAUCUUGGAGAUGCCGCCCGCCUUGCCAUGGGAUCCCCACUCGGGUCACCUCUGGGCUCGCCGGGCUGUGGGGGUGGGGCCUUUGGGGUGGAGUUAUGGCAACAGAAAUAUCAACAUCCUGGAGCUUUCAGCCCGUCACUGUCGCCCCAUCAGUCGCCCCGUCAGUCGCCCUGCCACUCGCCUCGCACCAGCAUCACAGAGGAGAGCUGGCUGAACCGCCGACCCACGUCCAGGCCGUCAUCCAGACCAACCUCUCCCUGUGGCAAGAGACGCCACACCAGCGCUGACCCUCGCAUCCGUGCCCGCUCACCCUCCCCUCACCACUCACCCAGUCCCUCACCGAGCGCCUCCCCUCGGGACAGUGUGACAGAUGAAACGUGGGUAGGAAGCCCCGCCGGGGCCCUCGGGUCCCUUCUGAUGUCCGGCUACCAGGAGCUGGACGUCCCCUCUAAGACCAGGAGGACAUCAGGAAGCCAGCUGGGACUCCUCCCCGGUCAGGGGGACCCAGGGUUGGAACUGUUCCAGGAUUCUCCCACGGACGAGGCACAAGAACACGAUGGCCUGGCUGAGCUCUUCCUUCAGGUGCCCUCCCACUUCAGCUGGAACAAACCUAAACCUGGAAACCCUCCACUGUUCAGGACCUCGUCCCCCCCGCCUCUGGACUGGCCUCUGCCGUGUCAGUACGACCAGUGUGAGCUGAGGCUGGAGCUCCAGCCCAAGUCGUACCACAGGGCACAUUAUGAGACGGAGGGCAGCAGAGGCUCCAUCAAAGCAUCUACUGGAGGACACCCUGUCGUCAAGUUGAACGGAUACAGCGAGCAGCCGGUCAGCAUGCUGUUGUUCAUCGGCACCGCAGACGACCGCUACCUUCGCCCGCAUUCCUUCUACCAGGUCCACCGAGUGACGGGGAAAACGGUCACUACCACCUGCCAGGAGAAAACCAUGGGUUACAACAAAGUCCUGGAGAUCCCUCUGCUUCCAGAAAACAACAUGUCGGCAAGCAUCGACUGCGCCGGCAUCCUGAAGCUGCGCAAUGCCGACAUCGAGCUGAAGAAAGGAGAGACGGAUAUCGGGCGUAAGAACACGAGGGUGCGAGUCGUGUUGAGGGUUGCCCUCCCUCAGCCAGACGGCCGGAUGCUGUGGCUACAGACGGCUUCUAAUCCUGUGGAGUGUUCCCAGCGCUCGGGUCAGGAGAUUCCUCAGGUGGAAAGCUUCAGUCCAGCCGGCUGCUCUGUGGAUGGAGGCGAGGAGCUGCUCAUCAUCGGGUCCAACGUCUCUGCUCAGUCCAGGGUUGUGUUCAUGGAGAAAGGUCACGAUGGAAGAUCGAUGUGGGAGAUGGACGGAAGAGUUGUGCCAGAAAAAAGCAGCAGAGUAA